CACGGUCCUCAGGAAAGAAAACGAGACCAAGCAAAASGRCAAAASGRCAACRCGACAAAGCAACCAGAGCGAAGGAAGCUACCCGUCUCCUCGAUCCAUAGAUUCGAUUCUUUCAGAUCCAAACGCACCACUGUUUCUUCCACCAUGAUGCACCAACGACGCACGGUGGGACUGGAUCCCCCCUCUGUCUCGUCUUCGGCAGCRAGCAGCGGAACCACCGCGGCGAACAGGAACAACAGCGACGGAACGCGGAGACGCCGGGUCCGCCGCACCGUCCGGAGCCGGCAGCACCGAUGGUGGAAGGGCGUCCGGCGCAUCCUCAGCGACGAAGACGCCCUCGUCACKCUGGUUCAGAUCGCCAGCGUAAUCGUCAUUAUCGGGUGCAUGCUGAUGCUCGCGCUCUUUUUCUUUGGGCCGGGGGAGAUCGUGGUCGGCGACGACGACGCUUCCGGGAUUGGCUGGACGAACWCGAUCUUGGCAAACAUGAACCGGUGGRUCUUUCGCCGAGAMAUCCGGUACCGAUUGCACCGGGACCACGAGAACACCCUGCACACGAACAAGAAGGGCGACGAUUUGCCAGAUCUCAAGCCAUCCACCAUUUACACAAUUCCCGGAUCGAUGCCGCACAUUGGGGACAAAUCCGAUUACUACGCCCAGCUGCGGAAAGAAUACGACGCGAUGGACCUGCCCAGGGUGGAGCAGCGGUACAAGUUCAAAACGAUGCCCAUGAGGGUCAACGACGACGGCGAUUUCGAAGAACCCGAACACCUCCCGGCCCCCUACGACAUUCACAAUUGCCCGGAACACCCGCCCGAGAACUAUCCGUAUGCGUGGAACCUGCUGCAGAUCCUGGACCACUGGAACCCGGACGACCACGAGGUUCCCGAAGACCUCAGAAUCUACCAGGGGAUUUGUGUCUUUGAUUACGAAAAGGACUACCAAAAGGCRCUCAACUACCGGAAGCAGGAAGUCCCCUUUGUGGUCUCCAACGAUCCCGCUGUCCAGGAAACCGCCAAGCGAUGGAUGGCCCCGGGAUACAUGGACCGGCUCAUGUCAAACGUCAAGCACCGAACCGAGUAUUCCGAGACCAACCACUUUAUGUACUGGAACGCCGGUUCGCAGGUCCGCCGAAAACAGCACGUGGGAAUGCGCCGGGGCAACAACCAGUUCAUGGGGGACGGCCACCCCGAUGGCCGAGGUGUAGACAAGGACCUCGCACACUGGCAGCAGCCGACCCAGAUGAUGCGCAUGACCUACGCGGAAUGGCUCACACACGCCAACCUGACGGAGGGGGAAACGGUGGGGCCCCACGAUCCCCACUGGUACUACCGGCUGAUCGGGUGCGGCGAGCAGUCCCCGGAUGGGAAAUGCGACAAGGGUAGCAGCGAGUACCUCUUUGACGAGCUCCCCUUUUUCCAGCCCAAGGAGAACCUCUACAUCGUCGAUCCGAUGGAACAAAAGGGGAUACACUGCCGCUUUGGCAUGCGCGGGGUCAUUGCUGAAAACCACUUUGAUCAGAGCCGGAACGCGAUUGCGGUCAUGGGGGGAGAGCGUCGGUACAUUCUGUCGCAYCCCAACCAGUGCGGCGUCCUAUCCCUCYUGCCCAAGGGCCACCCYUCGGCGAGGCACUCGGCCGUGGACUGGUGCGACCCCGACCUGGAGAGCUUUCCCGAGUUUGCCCAGGCCGAGAGCAACGAGGUCGUCCUACAGGCGGGGGACGUCCUGUACCUUCCCACGCAGUGGUUUCACUACAUUAUUUCCCUGAACCUCAACUACCAGUGCAACACCCGGUCGGGCGUGACGCCGAACUACUUUGACCCCAUUCGGAAGUGUGGCUUUUAGCCGGGAGGUUUUGGUGUCGCGGGAAGGCAGGCGUUCGAACGAYCCUUCCUCGCGUGCAACACGGUUCGGGUCACGGCACGGGUGCGUCCGUGGCCUUUCGUGGAAGCGGACCGGAGUGGAAGCGAAGAACACACGCGCUGGGUGCGGCAUGGUUCUGCCACAAAGAACCCGGAGGAACCGUACAAGGAACGACAACCACGACGACGUGCCCUUGGGACAACCCCGACAAACGAGUGGUGGUGGUUCGUCAACGAACUGUCAUCAGUGGCAGUGGCAGUGUCAACGGCAGCGGCGGCUAGAGAUAUUACAGAAAGUGCCUCGCGGACAAGACCAUAGUAUAGAGAUAAACGAUAACAAAAUUA